AUGAGAUUUCGUGGAUUGGUUGGCUACGGGGAAUUGAGAAAUUCCAGCGCCAAAUUCCUAUGCCUUGCGGUUCUCAUCAAGCCGCGCCAUGCGAUCCUUCCCGCCCACUGUGUCCUGAACCGCGCCGAAGUGGAUGCCCUGUUCAUCCUUUUCGGGGACUGGCGCGCCAACAGGAACUUCGACGAGGAAGACUGUCUCCUCGAUGUGUGCGCCCCCGUCCCGAAAGCGAUCGACAUAGAAGAGCUGGCGGUGCACCCGAAGUUCAAGGGACAUAUUAAUCCCACAGCCUUCGACAACGACAUCGCACUGGCCAAGCUAGUGCGAAGCGUGAACUUUUCGGACUUUGUGGCACCUCUUUGCCUUCCGACCACGAAACACAAGGACAACCACAUAGCUCAGAAGUUGAAAAUGGUGGGAUUCAUGCAUUCGAACAAGAUUUCACCGAAUCUGCCGGAAGAGGAGUUUCGCUCGAAGGUGGAGGUGAUCACGAUUAGUCAGGAGUACUGUACUUCCUUGCAGUCCGGUUAA